AUGUCUGGCCUUCUAUCUUUGCGAUCAAGUCCAGAAGCACCCCAGUCGCUUGCUCUGUCCAUUCCUCGCAUGUCGGAACACGUACUUCCUCAAGGCGCGGGCUAUGGCGUUGGGAUCGGUCUAUUCUUCAGUGUGUUUAUGAUCGGGCUCACCGCCAUACAAUCUCGAUACACUGCGUUCUCGCCCAAGAACUCCGAAGAAUUCAGUAGUGCUUCGCGUAGUGUGAAGCCGGGACUGAUUGCUUCUGGCAUUGUCUCUGCCUGGACCUGGGCGGCUACCUUGCUGCAAUCUAGUGCUGUCGCAUACAAGUUCGGUAUCUCUGGCCCGUACUGGUAUGGCGCUGGCGCCACUGUUCAAGUUCUGCUCUUUGCGAUGUUGGCAGCCAAACUCAAGCUCAACGCUCCCUACGCUCAUACUUGGCUGGAGAUAGUUGGAGCACGCUGGGGAGCUGCCGCUCACGGCAUAUUCAUGUUUUUCGGCCUCGCUACCAAUAUCAUUGUAUCUAGCAUGUUGAUAUUGGGUGGAUCUGCCACGGUCACGGCCCUGACUGGGAUGAGCACCAUCGCUGCGUGUUUCCUUAUUCCUUUGGGAGUUGCUAUCUAUGUGGUCGUUGGUGGUAUGCGGUCAACGCUUCUAUGCGAUUACACGCACACCACAGUCCUCUUCGCCAUUAUACUUGUCUUCGUUUUCACCGUCUACGCAACGUCCGACAAAAUCGGCUCUCCCACCCGUAUGCAUGAGCUCCUGGACGCCGCCUCAGCGGCCACCCCCGUCGAUGGAAAUGCCCAUGGCUCUUACCUCACCAUGCGCUCCAAGAACGGGCUGAUCUUUGGCGUCAUCAACAUCAUCGGAAAUUUCGCGACUGUAUUCCAGGAUCAGGCGUAUUGGCAACGGGCUAUCGCGAGUCGACCGGGGAGCACCGUCAAGGCGUACUUGCUCGGUGGACUUGCUUGGUUCGCAAUUCCAUUCACGUUUGCGACUACGUUGGGUCUCGCGGCGGUUGCUCUUCGAGGCGACCCGGACAUGCAAGUCCUCACGCCGGCAGACGUCUCUGCUGGGUUGCCCGCUUCCGCCGCCGCUAGUGCUCUUCUGGGGCAGUCAGGUGCUGCUGCCCUGCUCAUCCUCCUUUUCCUUGCCGUGACUUCGGCGACCUCGGCCGAGUUAAUUGCAGUGUCCUCUGUCCUAACGUAUGAUGUGUACAAGAGGUACAUCAAUCCUCACGCGAGCGAGGACCAGAUUCUCAGGAUGGGUCAUUACAUGGUUGCUUUCUUUGGCAUCGUUAUGGGCGUCGCGGGAACGAUCUUCUUCUACAUCGGCGUGUCCAUGGGAUGGUUAUACACCUUCAUGGGCGUCAUCCUUGGAUCUGCCGUGGCCCCCAUUGCGCUGUGCAUUACGUGGAGGAAAGCAAACAAGUGGGGCUGCAUCGGAGGUGCCGUCGCCGGCUUCUGUGUGGGAGUCAUUGCGUGGCUUGUUACCACCAGCUCUCUGAAUGAUGGAGAGAUCAAUGUCGUGGUAUGCGACUAUGAAAUGCUUGCUGGAAACUUGGCUUCUAUUGGUGUUGGUGCUAUCAUAGCCACAGUAUCCUCGCUCAUUUGGCCUGAUGACUUCGAUUUCGAUAUCACUCGCGCGAUCAACAACCCCGCCCGCCGCCGUCACCACGAAGAAAAAGUCAACCCUUCCCUCGACGAUGAAGUGGAAAAGAAGCGAGAAAACAUGGACGCUCAUUCCGUUUCACCUUCCUUCACUGACUCUGAGGGGACCGACGAUCUCGACCCCGUUAAAUUGCAAAGUGCUUUCAGAUUUGCUUCCUAUUCGUCUUUAGCUUUGCUCCUUGUACUCAUCAUUAUUGUCCCACUACCGUUGUUUUUUGCGCAAACCAUCUACGGCGUGGGCGGUCUUACGGCGUGGGUCGUGAUCGGUAUCAUCUGGACCUUCCUCUCCGCGAUUUCUGUCGUAAUCUACCCUCUCUGGGAAAGUCGUGAAGCGCUCAGUCAAAUCCUUUCGGGCAUUGUCAAGGACGUAUUCACGAAGGGAAGCGGGAAGUACGUCCCACCCUCCGGCCACAUUUCUUCUGCAUAG